AUGGAAAUGACAGUCUUAAAUGAACUGCAUGCAAAGGAGCUACAGCACCAUGCUUUGUAAGAAAGUGACAGAGAGUUUUGGAGCGGCUAUCUUUGGGCUGAGCGCGGCCCAUCUGACUGACAGGGUGGUUAGGAGGAGUAAGAGGAUGAUGCUGGACACUCUUGGGGUAGGACUGUUGGGAACAAGAACAGAUGUCUUCAACAAGGCCCUCCAGUUCAGCCAGUGGUACAAGUCAACGGAGAGAAGCAGUGUCUGGGGAAGAUCGGGCUUGGCUCUCCCAUCACAGUAUGCUGCCUUUGUCAACGGUAUAGCGGUGCACUCUAUGGACUUUGAUGACACAUGGCACCCUGCCACCCACCCCUCAGGGGCCGUGCUCCCUGCCAUCCUGGCCCUAGCGGAGACCAUGCCCACCCCACCCUCCGGCCUGGACCUUCUCCUGGCCUUCAAUGUGGGCAUUGAGGUGCAGGGACGUUUGAUGAGGUUCUCCAGGGAAGCCAGUGACAUCCCCAGCAGGUUCCACCCUCCAGCUGUGGUGGGUGUACUGGGCAGUGCUGCAGCUGCUGCCAAGCUCCUGAGCCUGUCCCCAGCCCAGUGUGUUCACGCCCUGGCUAUAGCUGCCUCUUAUGCUGGGGCCCCCAUGGCCAACGCAGCCACACAGACCAAACCCCUCCACAUUGGCAACACUGCCCGGAGAGGCCUGGAGGCUGCCCAGAUGGCCCGGCUGGGGCUGGAGGGAAACCCAGCCAUCCUGGACCUUGAGUCCGGUUUUGGUGUAUUCUAUGCAGACUACAGCCCCAAAGAGCUGGUCGGGGCUACCGUAGGUGGAUUCAGAUGGCUUCUAGAGGACCAGGAUGUGGCCAUCAAGCGAUUCCCAGCUCACCUGGGGAUGCACUGGGUGGUAGAUGCCGCGCUGGCUGCCCUGGCUAAGCUGAAUGCUGCUGGUGGGCAAAGCGGACGAGGAGAAGGACUGGAGCCCAGCAAGAUCAGGAGGGUGACUCUAAGAGUGCCUCCCUCAAGGUACGUGGACCGGGCCUUCCCAACCACGGAACACCAGGCCAGGCACUCCUUCCAGUUCAACGCUUGCUCAGCCCUGCUAGACAAUCAGGUGACGGUGGACUCUUUCAGCACGGCCCAGAUAGAGAGGCCCCUCCUCAAGGAGCUGUUGGCCAGGGUCAGGGUAGAGAACCCCCAGGACAACCACCCCAGCUUUGACAGGAUGUACUGUGAGGUUGUUAUAGAGACGGAGCAGAGGGAGAGUUAUGGCGCCAGGUGCAAUACCUUUUACGGCCACUGGAGAAAGCCGCUCGAUCAGAAGGACUUGGAGAGUAAAUUCAGAGCCAAUGCCUCAUCUGUGCUGCCUCAGGAAGGAGUUGAGGGGGUGCUGGAUCUGAUAGGGAAUAUAGAGAGCCAGCCUGACUGCUCAGUGCUGGGGUCCUACAUGCAGGUAAGCAGCAGUAACAGUAUUGUGAGGGAGCUGGAGAGCAUCCCCCUCACUAAGGUGAACAGACACAGACAAUAAUAUUGACUGUUUAGGCUUUUAUUUUGAAUUACCUUACUAAUCUCUCUCUUUGAGAUCUGCUUCCUGGGAGCGUUGUCACGGAUGUGCACAUGUGAACAUUCGGCCAAAGUACUCUAAUUUGGUUGAACCUAGUGAUCCAGAAAGAGAGGGGAGUGGGAAAAUGGUUUUCUUUAUGUUGUUAGUUUCUUUCGUUUUGUAUUUAGUUAAUCUGUGUGUGUGACUAUUUAAUGUUAAAUGGUGGGGGGUAAGGAGAAUGAGUCAGGUUGGUUGAAACCCCUGCUGUUGGGAUCGGCUGUACCUGCAAGAUUGCCUUAGCUGCAAGCCUUCUAUAUGUUUGGUGGUUGGAAACUUGUUUGUGAGAUGGUGGAUGUGCAUGAGUAAAGAGGAAGAGCUUUGAAGAAAUCUGUUUGACUGUGACUUCUCAUUCUACACCAUACUUGAACCCACAUCCUGCCGGUCUUGCUAUCCUGUAAGGGUUCACAACCUUAACUCAAAGGUUUUAAGGGUGGGGCAAAUGGAUAAUACAAAACAGUGUAAUGUACAAAACAAAAUCCAGUCUUCUCUGCAAACAAUGUUUAUAUGCCACACAUGGAAAUUAGGGAACCAAUUUUGACUUUUAUUCUACAAAUGUAUGGUUUCUUUCAUCUUGCUGACUAUGCACAUGCUAUUAUACAGCAAAAGAUGUAUUGUCAUUCUACUUGUUUCUUUUUCUUGUGUUUAUGAUAAACACUUCACCACAAAGACAAUUAUUUUUUAUUUAAUUUUACGUGCUUCAUACCAAUAAUUAAAAAAGGGAUAAUCUAGAAAGGAAACCGCACCCCCAUGCAAUUCAAGCGUAUUCUGUGUAAAAUAAUUUAAUCAUAAAAAAUAUGACAAUGCACAGCAAUAAAAAUGUUAAUAAAAUCACUUUGAUUUCAAGUCCUCAGUGCAGUGAAACAACGUUUAACAACAAGUCUGUGGUUGUAGAGAGUACUUCUCAUACUUCUGUGUACGAGGAUUUGAUUCAUGGCAAAGUUAGCAGGGGUUUUCCAAUUCUUUGGU